AUGCUCUUCGACGAAGCACACACCGACGACAUCAAGGCGUGGCUCACCUCGGAGCUAGGCCCCAUCUGCGAUGCGGAUCCAGAGGUGCUCGCAGACUAUGUGCUUGCGCUCCUCAAGCACGAGGGCCCCGAGGAGGAGCUCCAGUCCAUGCUCACAGAACAGCUCGAGGACUUCCUCGCCGCAGAGACCGAGCCCUUUGUCACCAAAGUCUUCGCUGCCCUAACCGACAAGUCGUACCUGCCCCAGGCGCAGGCGCAGCACGCCCAAGACUCCGACAACGCCCAGCUCGCCGCAUCUGCAUCCACCUCCAGCCUCACCGCCGACUCGUCCAGGAAGAGAAGAGCCGAUGACGACGCCGAUGCCUCCACACGCUCGCCACCGCGACAGUCGCGACGCGUCCACGACUCCUCAGCAGCCUCGGAAGAUCCAGCCGCUCGUGGCCGCGAGCGCGACUCCAGGGAAAGGCACGACAAUGGUGAUGCAAACGGUGCAUCGAGCGAAGGCAGUCGCAGAGAGCCCCGCAAACAGCUUUGCAGGGACUACCACAACAAGGGAUUCUGCCCGCGCGGCGACAAGUGCAAGUUUGAACACUCGUCCGGCGUGCUUCCCGGCGCGCCCAAUCCUCGCCAGCAGCCCGCGCCUUACCACCUGAUGGGUCCAGGCCCAGGAGGACCUUCCAACGGCAUGCAGGGUCCUCCCAUGAUGUUCCCAGGCGCUCCCUACGGCAUGCCUCCACAGGGCUGGCAUCCGAGCAUGGGGCCCGCACCGGGCAUGCCCGGCGGCCCACCUCCUCAGUCGUCGACACCUGGCAUGAACGGCGACGCACAGAACUUGGCAAAUCGCAUGGGGCAUCCUCAACAAGGUCCGGAGGCGGGCGGCUUCGCGAUGGGUGCGCCAUUCAACGGCCAAGGCGGACGCGGAGGCGGCAUGGGUGGACGUGGCCGCGGGCGGGGUGGUGGACCUCCCGGCACAUUUCAAUCCUCGCGCCGAUCCAACACGACGCUGGUCAUCGAAAACGUGCCUGCCGACAGCCUCGACCUGAUCAAGGUCAACGAGUACUUUAAAAAAUUUGGCACCAUCACCAACAUCAGUAUCGACCAGCCGGGCUCCAAGGCGCUCGUGAGCUACUCGCAGCCGGGCGAGGCAAAGGCUGCGCACGAGAGCCCCGACGUCAUCUUUGGCAACCGCUUCGUCAAGGUCUACUUCCAGCGCCUCGACGAGGCGGCGGGAGCAGCACCUACCCCGCGACCGCCUCAGUCCGCAGCAGCGCCUGCACUUGGGUCGCAUGGCGCGCACAGGGGCGGCUUCGUGCCGGGCAAGUCGUCCAGCGUGUACCACGCUCGUCCGCCAACCGGAGGCGCCGGCGCUGGAGCAGCUGCAGGCGGCAUGUCGGAAGAGCGCAAGAAGCUGUUUGAGGACCAGAGGACCAAGCAGGCGGCGCUGGAUGCGCAGCUGGCGGAGCAGAAGAGUCUGCUGGCCAACUUUGGCAACAAGGAUCUGUCGGCCGACGACAAGAAGGCGACCAUGGCCAAGCUCAAGAAGCUCGGCGACGAGAUCAAGGCGUCGACGGAUGCGGUCAAGGCGGCGGUGGAGGCCUUGCAGGCUGCACCGAAGGAUGCUGCGCCGUCUGCCGGCGGAGAUGCAGGCAGUUGGAAGGCGGAGAAGGAGAAGCGCGAAAAGGAGCAGUUGGAUCGCGAGCUCGAGCUGCACGCCCAGGGUACGGCGGCUGGAUCGACCACGGACGAGCUCAAGAAGAAGCUCGAGUCGCUCAAGGCCGAAGCGGCGUCGCUGGGGAUUGAUGGAGCGCAACAGUAUGGAUAUGGUGGACGUGGACGCGGGCGCGGAGGGUUUGUGCCGCGUGGACGUGGAGGCUAUGCGCCGUAUGCGCGCGGAGGAGGAAUGGCCAAUCGGUCGCUUCGAAUCGACAACCGCACGACACGCAUCAAGAUCGACAGCCUUCCGGAGGGUGCUGAUGCCGACAAGGUGCGUGCGCACUUUGCGGCGUUUGGCGAGCUCGACUCGUUCGACCCCGCAGCGGCGACUGUGGUGUACAAGGCGCGCAACAGCGCUGAACAGGCCAUCCGUGCCGGCGCCGAGAUCGCAGACGUAGGUGCAGUCAAGCUCUCCUGGAUCCAACCGCCCCCGUCGGAGAAUGUUGCCACCGAUGCACAGGCUGCGGAUGCCGAGCAGCAGUCGGCACCGCGCGACGCCGACGACGAAGACGACCGCGACUCCAACUGGAAGCGCUAA